AUCCAUGUCGGAAGCUGUUUUAAAGCGACAAGCUUUCAUUCUGGGCGUGUUGCAGUUCAUUUUUUGUUUAUUGAUUUCAGUGUGUCUGCUUUGACUAGGACUUGGUUGAAACCAUCCCAGAAUGGCCGUCUUUUCUUGGCUGUCUCUAUUUCUUAUGGUCUCAUCUCAUUUCACUUUUCCCCACAGGAACAAAAGUGGCAGAUUGCAGGGAGCACCCAGGGUUGUUGUUUUUUUGCUUCUAAAGCCUCUUCUUGGAACAAGAAAGACGUAUUAGCCUUUGGGGGGGGCUAAGCAGGGCGGCCGUCACUCAAUUCAGGAGCACCUGCGUACGAAAGUGGCCUUAGACCAACUCGCAGCAAAGAGACCCUUCCUCCGAGUACAAAUCGGAGAUGAAAGACGAUGAUUCAGCUGGAACCAAAGCCCAAAGAGACCCCCAGAUCACCCAGGCCGGAGGCAGUGGGGCCUUCUGGGGGAAAACAGUGCGCAAGCUCCUGAGCGAGGCCUACGGCAGCUCAGACGAACAGCAAUGGCGCUUCCACCAGUUCUGCUACCAGGAAGCCGAGGGGCCCCGGGAGGUUUGCAGCCGACUCCACCACCUUUGCCAUCAGUGGCUGAAGCCCAAAAAGCACACCAAGGCCCAAAUGCUGGACCUGGUGGUCCUGGAGAAGUUCCUGGCCAUCCUCCCCCCGAAGAUGGAGAGCUGGGUGAGGGAGUGCGGAGCGGAGACCAGUUCCCAGGCGGUGGCCCUGGCAGAAGGUUUCCUCAUGAGCCAGGAGGCAGAACAACGGGAGCUGUUAGCCGGAGGAGCCCAGGAGGGAGAGGGAGCUGCAAUGGGCACCAGACUUGGGCUGUUACCAUUUAACGGUGCACCGCCAGUGGUUGAAGCCUUAUUGGGUGGUGGAACCAUCAUGGAGAUGUCAAGUAGGCCUUCUUAUUGUGAUGGAGUGGAAACAGUUGCUUCGCAGUCACUUGAUCAGGACCCGGUGCCCUUUGAGGCGGUGGCUGUGCAUUUCACGGAGGAAGAGUGGGCUCUGCUGGAUCCGAGCCAGAGGGCUCUGCACAGGGAAGUCAUGGAGGAGAACUACUGGAACCUGGCUUCUCUGGGUUAUGGAAGUUGGAGUGAGAAGGAGCCUGAACAGCAGAGGAGGAGACCUGAGACCAAACAGAAGCUGAAGGAGAAAUAUUUCAUUUCUGAAGAUGCAGACGUGUGUGAAAUCCCAAAGCUAAAAGAUGAAUGCAACACAGUGAAAAACACAAGGAACAACUCCCCUCAACACGCAACGAUUGCAAGCGAGAUACUGAGUCUUAGUGCAUCUCAAAGAGUGCAAAUAGCAGAGCAGCCAUACAAAUGCUCAGUGUGCGGGAAGAGCUUCAGUCAGAGCAGCAGCCUUACUGAUCACCAGAGAAUCCACACAGGGGAGAAACCAUUUAAAUGUUUCUCCUCUGAGAAGGGUUUCUGCGACAGCGAUGGCCUUCUUUAUCACCAAACAUUCCAAACUGAUGAGAAGCCAUAUAGAUGUUUGGAGUGUGGAAAGAGCUUCAAGCGGAAGACGCAUGUCACAGACCAUCAAAGGACCCACACGGGAGAAAAACCGUUUUCGUGCUCAGAAUGCGGGAAGAGCUUCAGUCAUAGCACCGGCCUUACUUAUCACCGAAGAACCCACACAGGUGAGAAACCGUACAAAUGUGCAGAGUGCGGGAAGAACUUCAAUUGUAGCCAAACCCUUGCUUUGCACCACAGAAUCCACACAGGGGAGAAGCCGUAUAAAUGCCCCGAGUGCGGGAAGAGCUUCAGCCAGAAGAUUCACGUGAUAAACCAUCAAAGAACCCACACGGGAGAAAAACCAUUUACAUGCUCUGAGUGCGGAAAGAGUUUCACCUACAGCACUGGUCUUACCCACCAUCAAAGAACCCACACAGGAGAGAGGCCCUAUAAAUGCUCCGAGUGUGGGAAAAGCUUCAGUUGCAGCCAAACCCUCGCUAUACACCUCAGAAUCCACACCGGAGAGAAGCCGUACAAAUGCCCCGAGUGUGGGAAAAGCUUCAGCCAGAAGAUUCACGUUACGAGCCAUCAAAGAACCCACACGGGAGAGAAGCCCUACGAAUGUUCCAAGUGUGGCAAGAGCUUCAGUCAGUGGACCACCCUUACUAGACACGAAAGAAUACACACAGGGGAGAAGCCAUACAAAUGCUCAGAGUGCGAAAGGACCUUCAGUCACAGCAAUAGCCUUACUUAUCAUCAGAGAACCCACAGCGAAAAACCAUUUAAAUGUAUGAAAUGUGGAAAGUCAUUCAGCCGGAAAGAACACCUUACAAAACACUGGCGAACUCACACAGGGGAGAAACCAUAUAAAUGUAUGAAAUGUGGAAAGUCGUUCAGCCGGAAAGAACACCUUACAGCACACCAGCGAACUCACACAGGGGAGAAACCGUUUCAAUGUAUGGAGUGUGGAAAGACAUUUGCUGAUUCUGGAACCCAUAGAACACAUCAGCGGAUUCACACAGGAGAAAAACCAUUUAAAUGUUUGGAGUGCGGAAAGAGCUUCAGUCAAGGUGGAAACUUGACAAAACAUCUACAAAUUCACACAGGGGAGAAACCUUUUAAAUGUUUGGAGUGCGGAAAGAGCUUCAUUGAUAAUGCGUCCCUUAGUUCACAUCAAAGAAUUCACACAGGGGAGAAGCCAUUCAAAUGUAUGGAGUGCGGAAAGUCUUUCAGGUGGAACCAGCACCUUACUAUACACCAGCGAAUUCACACAGGGGAGAAACCCUUUGAAUGUAUGGAGUGUGGGAAGACUUCCACGGAUAGUGGAAGCCAUGCAAAACAUCUACGAAUUCACGCAGCGGAGAAGCUAUUUGGAUGUAAGGAGUGUGGGAAGUGCUUUAGCCUGAAGUCAACCCUCACUUUACAUGAGAGAACUCACACAGGGGAGAAACCAUAUGAAUGUAUGGAGUGUGGAAAGUGGUUUAGCGUGAAGUCAACCCUCACUUUACAUGUGAGAACGCACACAGGGGAGAAGCCAUUUAAAUGUAUGGAGUGUGGGAAGGCUUUCACGGAUAUUGGAAGCCAUAGAAAACAUCAACGGAUUCACACAGGGGAGAAACCAUUUAAAUGUAUGGAGUGUGGGAAGGCUUUCACAGAAAGUGGAAGCCUUAAAACACAUCUACGAAUUCACACAGGAGAAAAACCGUUUAAAUGUAUGGAGUGUGGAAGUUGCUUCAAUCAAAGUUGCAACCUUAAAAAACAUCUUCGAAUUCACACAGGGGAGAAACCCUUUAAAUGUACGGAGUGUGGAAAGACCUUCAGUCGUAUUGAUGUACUUAGACAACAUCGAUGGACUCACACAGUGAAGAAACCAUGAUAGCUUUAUCAUGUAUAAUGAGAUCAAUGGUUUCAAGUUUGGUAACUGCUUUCCAGACAGAGAAGUUGCUGAACUGCAACUUAUUACCAAACUUAAAACCAUGGAGAGACCUGGUCUGAAUAAAGACAUUGGAUUCUUAUCUCAUUAUACAUGAUAAAGCUAUUUUUAGCCAUCUCACCCCUUGCUUUUUUUUGUAAGACCAAUUGUAGUUGUUAACAGUCAUCAACAGGUUUACCACUCCUAUCAGCAAUCACCCAUUCCCACCACCCUUCUGAGUAAUACCCCUCCCCACCCUCUCACUAUAUAUAAGGGUCUGGUGACUUCUGUUUCAGUGUAUCUGAAGAAGUGUGCAUGCACACAAAAGCUCAUACCAAUGACAAACUUAGUUGGUCUCUAAGGUGCUACUGGAAGGAAUUUUUUUAUUUUAUAUAAGGGCAAGGAAGGGCUUAGGCCAGGCACCCCCAAACUUUGACGCUCCAUAUGUUUUGGCCUACAACCCCUAUGAUCCCUAGCUAACAGGACCAGUGGUCAGGGAUGAUGGGAAUUGUAAUCCAAAACAUCUGGAGCGCCGAAGUUUGGGGGUGCCUGGCUCAGGCCAAAGUACCAGAAGGAACACCUGCUUGCACACCAACCUGCCUAAGGUGCAAAGACAUUACUGUAUUGAAUUCUCCCAGUCAUUAAAAGGGUUUUUUAAUGUACAUUUUUCUCUGUUUGCUAUAGGUUUAUGUAUGCAUCAUUUUGCUUUCCUGAAUUGUCCCAGGAAUAGCAGCCAACACCUACAGACCUAGGUGCCUUCGCACCCCCCAUUUAAUAUUUGAGGGAUUUGUGCCCCCCCCCAUGUUGAUGGGCAUUGUCAUUCAUAUAGUGUGCAAGCACUUUGUCUUGAGAUCAAUUGUGUGAGGUGGGGCUUACCUGCCCCCUCCCCAGGGAGACAAAGGGAGGAGGGAGAGCUCACAUUUGUAUGUGCCUAUGGAGUACAGAAGUUUAAGAGUCUCCCAUCAGCUUUUUCCCACGUCCCUCACACUAGGCCUCGGACUGUGCCCGUUCAGAGAAGGCCUGGGCUUGUUAGGCACUAAAUUUUGUGUGUGUGCGUGCUCGUGUGUCUGUGAUCUGCGAGCAGACAGCCGGGAGGGAGGGAGACAGGGAGGCUCGGGCAGCUGCCUUGCCUCGCCUCUGAGGUGAUGCCGGAACCGGAGCAAGUAGAGGAGGAGGCGGCACCGGGGCAGGAGCCGUGUAAGUGGCUCUCGCUCUGCUUGCUUUACAGCGAGGCGGGAGGAGGUUACGGAUGGGAGCCAUGGCUCCGGCGGUGGAGGCAUCCCUCCGCUUGCGACUGCAGCGGCAGCCGAGGGAUCCCACUGCCGCCCAGUGCCUUCGCUCCAUAAGACGCACAGAGAUUUCCCCUUACUUUUUAGGAGGGAAAAAGUGUCUCUUACGGAGCGGAAAAUAUGGUAAUCUGAUCAUGCAUAGCUUUGCAUUUUGAACUUCAAUAAGAUUCAUGAUCAAUAAUGCUGACUGAUGUACGGUGUUAAAUAUAUGUGUUUAAUAAGUAUAAGAUGCGGUGUUUGAAUGAAUUGUAUUUGAAACGAUAUGAAGAGAAGUUUGCAUUAGACAGGAGAGGUUUGUCUGCAACAAAUUGUGGAAUGUUUCCGUUUUGAGGGUUUUGGCUAAAUCAGUGUUUCCCAGACUUGGGUCUCCAGCUGUUUUUGGACUAGAGUUCCCAUCAUUCCUGACCACUUGUCCUGCUAGCUAGGUAUGAUAGGAGUUGUAGUCCAAAAGCAGCUAGAGGACCAAGUUUGGAAAACCCUGGGCUAAAUGAUGACUCAUUGCUGGAAACCCGAGUGGUCUCUUUUGGCAGAAAAUAGAACCUGAGAACUCAGCGGAGCAAUGUAUUACUUUGUAGCUUUGUAAGCUUUAUUUGUAACUCUUUUAAGACUGUUUUGCAGUAAAGCUUUGAAACUCCUG